CUCAAUACAUGGUUAAGUACCAGUUGGUAUGGUGCAUUUGUAUUCGUACUUUUAUAGAUUUUAACGAAAAGCCUAGCAUUUAGAAAGUAAUCCUUAUGAACAACUCCAACUGUCAGCCGUGUGCUCUAAAAUUCUAUUGCACUGCUGGUAACGGUAUGGAGUAUUUCCUGCUUCAGGAGGUGAAGACCAAACUUGCAGCCCAAGAUGUGGAUCACAUCCCUGGAAAAGUGUUCUUCACUACAACAUUUGGAGUAGAACAUGUGAGGGAGCUGAAGUCUGCAGAGAGACUGUUUUUACUUCUUAAGCGAUACGUUCCUCUCUCUCCCCGUACAGCUAUGACAGCACCUGAGAUCCAUUCAAGGCUCAUGGGUGAUGGGAGUGACUGGACCAGAGCUGUACUGUCCUGGAAACAGCUGCAGAGGGAGCUGACAAGAAGCGACCAAACAGCGAGCAUGGUCCUGGCAGGAAGAAAAAGAAAGAGGAAGGAGGAGGAAGAGGGUGCGGUUGAGGGGUCUCCGCCUGACAAACCAAAUGUGACCCCAAAACGGGCCCUAGUUGGUGAGAGCCAGGAGAUAGGACUGAGAAAAGAUCACUUGUCCUCAACAGAAGACUGUGAGAGUGGGAACUGUGUCGGCGGGGACACAGCUGAAGUGGAUGAUAUUGACUGUGACCGUGAUGGUGGGCUUCAAAGUGAUGCCGGGGGUAGAUUCAGUCACCAGGCGCCACCAGUGUCCUUCAGAGUGAGCUGCCGGUGCAGCGGAGCCCUGUCCCGGCGAUUCACCCCCCAGGAUGUCAGUAGGAUUCUUGGGACAGCAGCGAGCCGACAGCUCGGCUGGAGAGUAGACCUGAGGAGACCAGAUCUGGAGGUCAAUGUUUAUAUAAGUGAUGACCACUGUGUCCUUGGAAUACCUCUCCUCAGUCUCCCUUUAGCCAACCGUAGUUAUAUGAAAAUUACUGGGCUUAGAUCCACUGUAGCAUGGGCCAUGGCCUCUCUGUCUGACGUCAAGCCUGGCUCUCGUGUAUUAGACCCAAUGUGUGGAGUGGGAACUAUUCUGUUGGAAGCCGCCCAUGAAUAUCAGGAUGCCUUUUUCAUGGGUAUGGACAUUGAUGAGUCUCAGCUGUUUAAAGCUUGUCAGAAUGUGGAGUUUGCAAAGCUCAGGGAUCAGAUGCAACUUCUUCAGGCAUCAUGCAAGGAUAUUCCACUACCUUCAAGUAGUGUGGAUGCCAUUGUCUGUGAUGUCCCUUUUGGGAAGAAGUUUGGCAGCAAAACUGACAUGGUUGCCUCUCUGCCAGUGAUUGUAAAUGAGAUGGAAAGAGUUCUCCGUGUGGGUGGGACCCUUGUUCUGCUGCUUAGUCCCCAGCUCUCCUGCCUGCUGAAGAAGAUCAUAACCCUGCAGCCUGUACCAUCACAUACCCAGGAAGAGGACCCUGGGCUAGGAGGUGGUAUGGACCUUUUCCAGUCUCUGCAGCCUCAAAGCUACCACAGGGCCUCUGUGAUCCCGGCAUCCCUCUGUGCAUGCAGAUGAUACAAUUACCAGUUGCAAAAAAUGACCUUCACCAGAUUGACUGGUCAGUAUUUAGACGUCAGUUGAGACACCGGUUAAAAAUGUGUCUGGUCCAAACUGUAGUGAUGCACCAAUAUAUCAGCGACCAAUCAGUUUGGGCUGAUUAUAUGUAAAAAUGUAAUAAACACAAUCGGACAAUUUCCUAUACAGUAAAUUUGGCUGAUCUGAAUAUGCCAAUGUGCUACAGUAAUUUCUAUAAAAUGUUUGCUCGAUUCAUUUGUCUUAUUAUUUUAUUGUUAUUUUUUCACUGUUGCAGUUUUGUUGAUUAAGUCUUUUACCUUAGUAUGUUUAUUUCCAGGCAUUAUACUAUGUAAAAUUACAGAGAGUGUAUUUAUUAUCAUAAAAUGUUUCAUUAUCAACCUUAUUUUAAUUUUUUAAUCUAAAUAUAUUCAACAAUAACAUUUGAAUGAUCUUAUUUACACUUUAAAUUAGAAGUAUAAUAAGAAGCAAGAUUUUUAUUUAAUUAAUGCCCAAAAAUCAUCUGUAUCAACGUCAGCCGAUUGUGUAAUAUGUUUAUUACACAAUCAGCCAUCAUUUUCUUAUCGCUGUAUCCCUCACCUUGUUAUGGUUGAACAAUAAACUGGUUGCUUUGCAGGCAAUGACUGCUUGAAGUUUGGAACACAUGG